GGGAAGUUGUCACAGCAGCGAUGCAGGGAUCUUCGUUUAUAAAAGUUAUGAUGGCAGCGUCUUGGUGAAACAGUGAGGUUAUUGAGUGAGUUGCUGGAGGAACUCUCAUCUCUGCACUAGCAUCGCGAGCCGCGCUCGUGCUGUUCGUAUCGACUUUAGCCCAGCUGUUGUCUCGUGCUGUGUUUGUAGCCAUGAGCGCUCUGGAGGUGAAGUUCGUCGGAGAUGGGGACGUUCUGGAGCACAUCUUGGACAAACCGGAGGGAGUGCAGAGCAGCGGGACGCAUGUCCAGAAGAUGGUGACAUUUAAAAGCCUGACUGCACGGCGUGGAGACGGAGAGGACGCAGAGCAUGAUGGGAGUGGAAACGGAGUCCUGGAUGAGCAGAACUACAUCCAGUCACUGGGAACACACACCGCAGAAGAAGAUGAAGAUGGUUUGUCCAGAGUGGCGGGAUCCUCCAUAUUCACUUUUCAGAAAGCCAGACGUGGACACAGUAUGGCCCAAACUGCGAGCGAGUUGGCCCGGACGCCUGGGAAGAGCGUGAGUUUCAGCUCGACGCCGAGCGUUGAACCGUCCACCCCGUCUCGAACAGGACGCAACCACAGAAAAGAAAACAGGACACCGAAAAGGAAUAAAAAGGUUGAGUUUGUCUCCACAACACCACAUCGACUCAGGAAGCGACUCACAACGCCGAGUCUCCGGUCAGACAGCGACAGUGAGCUGUCGCCCUCCGAGUCUGAGGACGACGAGGACGAGGACGGGUUGGAAGAAGAGCCGAAAGUCAAGAAGGAGGACAAGGAGAACGCGAAGACCCCGAGAACGCCAAGUAAAGGUUUGUCCGCCGCUCUCUACAAGACCCCUUCCAAGAAGAGCAAGAGCGCGCCGGAAGCUGUGAACCAGCCCAGCAUGACCGAGGAGUACUUCGAAGCCCACGGGACGUCAAAAGUCUUGACGUCCGACCGCACCCUGCAGCGACUACACACCCCGAAGCUGGACAGGGAGAAACUGGUCCAGCUUCUAGAAGGGAAGCCUUCCUGCUACUCCAAAGAGAUCCAGCAGCUUCACAACAGUCACCGAAAGCACUUCAGCAAGUGGAUGUUACAGCUACGGCUGGGCUUCAGCGUGCUCGUCUACGGUUUGGGCAGCAAGAAAGCUCUGCUGGAGGACUUCAGAGUGUCUCAUUUGUCUCAAGAAAUCCACCUCGUGGUGAAUGGAUUCUUUCCUUCAAUCACUCUUAAAUCGAUAUUAAACGCGCUGACAUGUGAGGUUCUGGAGCAUGAGGGGACUUUCCGAACGCCCUCAGACCAAAUCCAGUUCAUCAUGAAGACCUUUAAAGACAGUCCUGACCUGCACGUGUAUUUGAUCAUCCACAAUAUUGACGGGCCGAUGCUACGAGGAGAAAAGACCCAGAGUGCUCUGGGGCAGCUGGCGUCGCUGCCCAACCUGCACAUGGUGGCCUCUUUAGAUCACAUCAACGCACCGCUGGUUUGGGACCAGUUCAAACAGAGCCAGUUCAACUGGCUGUGGUGGGAGUGCGUGACGUUCCAGCACUACACGGAGGAGACGUCCUACGAAAACUCCCUCCUGGUGCAACAAACCGGCGCUCUGGCGCUGUCCUCGCUCAGACACGUGCUUCGCAGCUUGACGCCCAAUGCAAGGGGGAUCUUUAAACUACUGGUUAAUUUCCAGUUGGAAAACAAAGACAAUCCUUCAUACACAGGAUUGUCGUUCCAAGAUUUCUACCAGCGCUGUCGUGAGGCGUUCUUGGUGAACUCUGACCUCACCCUGAGGACUCAGCUGACCGAGUUUAAAGACCACAAACUGAUCCGAACCCGAAAGGGUGCAGACGGAGUGGAGUACCUCACCGUCGCGGUGGAAGCGAGCACUUUGAUGGAUUUCUUGGAAAAUGAGGAGGGAGACUGAGGAAAAGAGGCAGCAGACAUAUAAAGUGUACUUUCCAGCAGAGAUUGUCUAUUUAUUCAUUAUUGAGGCUUUUCAUUACACCUGGCUAUCAUGACACAAACCACCCUGAUAGACUUUGUUAAAAGUGAUCAUUUCAUGCAAGUAAGUAGGGAAUUGUCACUCCCCCUAUUGGAACACUGACAGAUACUUUUUCUGACAUCUUUGUAAAUAAAAGCAACUAAAAAGUUAAUGUAUUUUAUUUGAUCGCAGAAAUAUUUACAUUCAGCAAAACAUACAUUCUUUUGUUAAAGACAUAUUCGAGGAUUCUCUGCCUAUUUCGUGCACUGCGCAUGCGCGGCUCCCUCCGCAUGCGGACUGUGGGGAGCGCGCACGUCAGCCGCAUGUCAUUUUGUUUACAUGCGCGCAGCUGGAGCAUCGUCUUUCCGCAUAGGAUUAAAACAC